AGUGAGGCGACGUCAGAAACACCACUUCUUCGGUGGUGCGCAUGAUGUCUCGCCGGUGAGGCAUGGAGAUGCUAGAGGAAAGGAUAGAAGAUGUAGAAAGUGUUUUUUAGAAAAUUGCCUUGAUAUUCAUGCAAGCAAGAAUUGACACGGGCACGAAGAGCAAAAGAGUUUUAUAGCCCUUCAAACACAAGAACUAUUAUCAUGCUGCCCCAUAGCACGCGGCGCGUGGUGCGGUUUCUGGAUGGGAGUAACGUCACCAUCGCCGACAAGAGCUGCCAGACGCGGCUGCAACUGCGCAACCUCGCAGUUGCUGCCCUGCCGGAGGCAUCGCGCCUUGACCCGAGACUGCGACAGCAAUACCCCCCGAAGUUCUACCACCUUUUUCCAGCCGACGCAAGCAACUAUGAGCAGGAGAACUACACGUCUAGCAGUUUACUCUCAACAGCACCAUCACCGCGCGGCGACAGUGAAGUGGCAUCCAACACAAACAAUCACGUCGAACUGGCCCCAAAACUAAGUGCAGGAAGUUCAUCCAGCAGAAAAAUGAGUACUGCAAGCAGCGCUAUUGCCAGAAACAGUUUGUUGAGCGUCAUAGUGCAGGACGAAGACGAUCAUGUCCAGGUCGCAGCACCGCCUCUCGGGAGGACCACAAGAUCUUCCUGUGUUUUCGACGAAGACCAUUUUGUCGACUGCGAGGAGGGGGAGGUCGCUUCCGUGCAGACUUUAUCGCGCAAUAGAAGGAGGAGUAGGAGGACUAGCAUACAACUGCGCGACAGUCGCCGCAAUAGUACUGUCACUUCAGUCGAAGAUGAAAGCGACGACGAAUACUACCUGGUCUGGCGUUGUCCCAUCGCAGCGGGGAACGUGAUUCCUAGAAGUAGGAUUAGCGGCGAUAAUAAAAAUGUGUGUGAAACAAGAACGUCGGUGGAUCAUUAUGCUGACGUUCCGGAUCGGCAGCCGGCCGAACUGCGUCACUUCCUUGACAAGCACGGUGUCUCACUGCUUGCCUUCUUGGAGGAGCAGCUCGCGCCGGCUCUGCAGCUGGAGGAGGAGCGCGGGGUCUUCGUGCCCGCCGCGGAAAUCCGGGAGCAUCUACAGACCGUCGGCCAUUUUCUGGCGAACGUCUGCGACGACUUUUCCUACCAGAAAGUCGCGGACUACUACGAGCUCAAGCUUAUGUCGACCUGCGCGCGAAGUUUCGCAAAUGCAAAUACAGCUACAACUACCUUGCGGGCCGGGAAGGGACAUGGUGGGAAAACUCGUUCGCGCGUGGACGUCUACGCAACGGACGCGAUCCGCCGGGUGUGCCAGGUGUGCGUACCGGUCUUGCGCACAAUGUAGAAUUUACACAUGUUCUGUUUCAUCUGUGCAAAGAAAAGGAGGAGGGGGUACUGAUGAACAGCGAAGAGAAAAGAACAGAAUGAGGAUAUUAAGAGCAACACAACAAGGGAGCCCGACAUUUUCUUCUGUGUAAAAUGCACUUUCAUACUAUCAUAAGCGGUUUGUUAUGUUUUGACCCGCGCGGUUCGUUUCAUGCUGCAUGUUUCACUACCUGCUAGCACACCGACGGAUUUGUUUUGUUUUGCACUUGUUCUAAUAUCGAAGACGAAUAUUUUCAUUUGGAUCAUUUUGCACUGGAUUCUGAUUCUAAAGAU